AUGGUUGAUCGCGAGCAGCUGGUGCAGAAAGCCAGGCUGGCUGAACAGGCUGAAAGAUAUGAUGAUAUGGCAGCUGCCAUGAAAUCGGUAAGUCUCUCCUCCAAAACCAUUGAAUGUGAAUAGCCUAUGAAUGAGGUCUAUGAUAUGGUGUUCAAUGAAACAUUGAAUUAUCUACAAUGUAAUUCUAAUAAAUAUGAAUUAUCUCUAUUUAGAUAUUUGAUUCCAUUCCUAGAGAUUUUUGAUGGAUGCGGUGUGUAUAGAAAUUAAACAAUUUGAUAUUAGAUUCAGUAAAGGUUUUGCCAGCAAUCCUAGACAUCACUACACUGCAUUGCAAUACUAGCCUACACCAAUACUAGCCUACACCAUUCAGAAUAUCAAGUCUGUUUCAUAGGGCUCAAUCACUGUUUAGUUAUAACGAAUAGAAUAGCCUACAUGUGGAGCUCAAACAUUCAAGAAAGGCAAUCAAUGUAUGCUAUUGAAUGCUCCUUGGACGGUGCUUGGGCGGUGCCUGUCUCGUGUCUUUAAAAUAAAUGCAGUGGAGUAAUACUACCACGAAAUGUAUUGAGGCACCGAAGAACAUUGAUUUCUCUGUCAAACGUGUCCCUCACAUUAUACAAUUUGAUAUAUGUUCUAUGCCACUGGGCACAGACGUCAAUUCAACGUCUAUUCCACGUUGGUUCAACGUUAUUUAAUUGAAAUUACGUAGAAACAACGUUGAUUCAUCCCAGUGAGAAUUAAUACCCCAUGUGAUUUGUUAAAUUCAGAUAAUUUAGAAUUGGUCUUUAGGAUAGUGCCAUGUGAGGUUGCUCGAAUAUUGAUUGAUUCUUCCUGUAAUAUCUAUAUUUAAUUAAAUAAUAGCCUAGUAAUAAUAGUAUUUAUUUAUUUAUUUAUUAUAUUUGUGAGUUAAUAAAAAAAAUACUAUAUAUAUAUAUUAUAUGUCUGUUAAUAUAGGCUACAGAUGUUCUCUGGAUGAGCAUCUAUUCCUGCAUAAAUGUUUAUUCAGUUUCCAGCUCUUUACACAAAACAAAUGUAGGAGGCAGCAUAAUUCUCUCUAGAAUGUUCUGUAUGUUGUCAUAUUGCAGUGAGUCAAUGUUCAGAUUGGAUAUUGGUCCUUUUGUUUUCAGUCGUUGAGUUACAUUAAGUUACUUGAUCACAUUAUCAUUCUACAUUGCACCUGUAUGUCGCAUUGUGUGUCACAGUCAACGUGUGCAGUAGCCUCUAGACAUACUGGAUAUGGAUGGGGUGAUGCUGUGUGUUCUUUAAAGCAAUUUAAUGAAAUUGAGAUUAUUGUUUGGUUUAUUGAUACAGGUCUUACAUUAUGAGAAAAAUGCGUUGUCAUUAGGCCCUAAACCUAUAUGCCCAGUCUCCUCCAAUCAUUAUGUAGCCUAGCCUAGUGCUUUAGAAGUAAAACUGUACUCAACAACUGUUUUUUCUCACUGUAAUGAAAUGACAUCUUAACCAUUAUUAUUACUACCUAGUAAUACUUUCUGUCUCAUCGUCUGCAUAAUUUAGAUCUAUUUCCCCUGCAGAUUUCUGGUUGCAAGCAACGGCAUUUUAGUGAUGUGUGCAUGUGGGAUUCCUUUCCCUUUAAGCAAUUUGCUGUGUCAGUGCAUGCAGUCAGAACUGGGCCGUUUUGCAGUGUAGGGGUGUGUACUCAUUCCCCUCUCCUAUGGGAAAUCCCUUGCCACUGCAGCCAGGGUUCACUUGAUGGCAGGACAAAGCAACGAGAAGUAUACUUUUAUGUUCAGAUCUCACCUUGACCAGUACAGUACAGUACUAUAUUAUCCUGCAUACAUGUUUGCAUUGGUUCCUUAAUGCAUCAACGCAAUAAGAUGCAAUUAUAAGCAGUGCUGCUUUGUCAGUGAAUGCAUUGAAUGUAAUUGAAGGCAUUUGUUUUAUUUUAUUAUGUAAUGCAUUUACAGUAGCAUAAUGUGUUCAGGAUAGUCGUGACAUAUUUUUACCCGGCCCAUCAAUAAUUGUUCAGGCUGGCAAUUAGAUAUUCAGAUCAGUAUGGUAGGCUGCCUCUCUUUAUUUAUAUUUACUGACAUCAGCAUUUUGGUACAAUGAUGAUUAAUUGACAAUAAAUGCAUGUGAUGGCUUUUCCAACAUCACUUGUGGUCUUUUGCACUCUCUGGCCUUUAUGUUUCUUACAUAUCCAUCAAGAUGGACUAACAAUCAGAUAGUAAUUGAACAUUUGCUUAGUAAUGCCAUGGCAUUUGAGCUGUGAAUUGUAUGUUCUUGCAUUUAAAGCUGGGAAGGAAAAACGCCUGCUUAGAAAUAUAAUGUCAUCCAUGCACACAAUGGCUGUGAUGUCACCUUUCAGCCGCAUUGUUUGUGCUCCUCUAUCAGGCUGGGAGGGGAAUGUCACAUCAGCUCACCAGAAAGGAGCAAUGUUAGCUUCUCAAUGAGAGAGAGCACUUUGCUAGAAUGGCCCACCCAUUAAGCUGUAUUUCCUCUGUAGCUGUAUUUAUACUGUAGCCUUGUGCUGUCUGCAUCUUCCCUCUCUAUAGUUUUAAUCUAGAUAAUCUAAUGAUUUAGCAGAUAUUGAUUUAGGUGGAGAUAAAAACAUGUGUUUUAUCGAUGUAAGGUUAUCUGGAAGUGGACUGGAAGUGAUAAUGCAUGGAGCGUCUUAGGUCUUUUCAGUUGCUCUUAAUGUGAUAUUCAACACAAAUAGGGGGGUCAUUCCACGAAAUUAGUGUAUUUUUUAAAUCCCUUUGAUAUUUGAAGUAGAAAUUAUGCACCAAUAUUGCAUUUUAAAAGCCUGUUAUAUUAAAUUAAGUGCCCUUUAAUAUAGACCACAUGGAUAAUUCAAUAAAUCAGAUUUUUAAUAUGAAGUCUGCAUUUUGACAUGUCCCUCCGUGCACCCUCUGUGACUUCCAGGAAGACUUUAACCCACUUAACCUCAGAAUUUCACCAUCAUUCUAAAGCCCUAGUUAUUUUGUUGUUUUGAAAAAGUCUUUCUGAAUAUUAUUAUUUAUUUAAUGUGAUUAGUGAUUUAUUUGAAGGUAAAAAAAAAAUAUUUAAAAAACCUGUCCCUGAACUGAACUCUAUGGUAAAACUAUUCCUUUUGAAAUAUACAGUUGAAGUCGGAAGUUUACAUACACCUUAGCCAAAUACAUUUAAACUCAGUUUUUCAAAAUUCCUGACAUUUAAUCCUAAUAAAAAGUCCCUGUCUUAGGUCAGUUAGGAUCACCACUUUAUUUUAAGAAUGUGAAAUGUCAGAAUAAUAGUAGAGAUAAUUAUUUAUUUAAGCUUUUAUUUAUUUAAUCACAUUCCCAGUGGGUCAGAAGUUUACAUACACUACAUACACUCAAUUUGUAUUUGGUAGCAUUGCCUUUAAAUUGUUUAACUUGGGUCAAACAUUUUGGGUAGCCUUCCACAAGCUUCCCACAAUAAGUUGGGUGAAUUUUGGCCCAUUCCUCCUGACAGAGCUGGUGUAACUGAGUCAGGUUUGUAGGCCUCCUUGCUCCCACACACCUUUUCAGUUCUGCCCACACAUUUUCUAUAGGAUUGAGGUCAGGGCUUUGUGAUGGCUACUCCAAUACCUUGACUUUGUUGUCCUUAAGCCAUUUUGCCACAACUUUGGAAGUAUGCUUGGGGUCAUUGUCCAUUUGGAAGACCAAUUUACGACCAAGCUUUAACUUCCUGACUGAUGUCUUGAGAUGUUGCUUCAAUAUAUCCACAUAAUUUUCCUUCCUCAUGAUGCCAUCUAUUUUGUGAAGUGCACCAGUCCCUCCUGCAGCAAAGCACCCCCACAGCAUGAUGCUGCCACCCCUGUGCUUCACGGUUGGGAUGGUGUUCUUCGGCUCGCAAGCGUCCCCCUUUUUCCUCCUAACAUAACAAUGGUAAUUAUGGCCAAACAGUUCUAUUUUUGUUUCAUCAGACCAGAGGACAUUUCUCAAAAAAGUACGAUCUUUGUCCCCAUGUGCAGUUGCAAACCGUAGUCUGGCUUUUUAAUGGCGGUUUUGGAGCAGUGGCUUCUUCCUUGCUGAGCGGCCUUUCAGGUUAUGUCGAUAUAGGACUCGUUUUACUGUGGAUAUAGAUACUUUUGUACCUGUUUCCUCCAGCAUCUUCACAAGGUCCUUUGCUGUUGUUCUGGGAUUGAUUUGCACUUUUCGCACCAAAGUACGUUCAUCUCUAGGAGACAGAGCGCGUCUCCUUCCUGAGCGGUAUGACGGCUGCGUGGUCCCAUGGUGUUUAUACUUGCGUACUAUUGUUUGUACAGAUGAACGUGGUACCUUCAGGCAUUUGGAAAUUGCUCCCAAGCAUGAACCAGACUUGUGGAGGUCUACAAUUUAUUUUAUGAGGUCUUGGCUGAUUUCUUUUGAUUUCCCCAUGAUGUCAAGCAAAGAGGCACUGAGUUUGAAGGUAGGUCUUGAAAUACAUCCACAGGUACACCUCCAAUUGACUCAAAUGAUGUCAAUUAGCCUAUCAGAAGCUUCUAAAGCCAUGACAUAAUUUUCUGGAAUUUUCCAAGCUGUUUAAAGGCACAGUCAACUUAGUGUAUGUAAACUUCUGACCCACUGGAAUUGUGAUACAGUGAAUUAUAAGUGAAAUAAUCUGUCUGUAAACAAUUGUUGGAAAAAUUACUUGUGUCAUGCACAAAGUAGAUGUCCUAACCGACUUGCCAAAACUAUAGUUAGCUAAAAAGAAAUUUGUGUAGUGGUUGAAAAACGAGUUUUAAUGACUUCAACCUAAGUGUAUGUAAACUUCCGACUUCAACUGUAUAUAUUUCAAAAUAAAUUUGAUUCGUAGACAACAGGUGUAGACUAACAGUGAAAUGCUUACUUACGGGUCCUUUUCCAACAAUGCAGAAUUAAAGAGAAGAUACAAAAUAAAAUAAACAUCGACCAUCUAAUAGUCAAAUCAUAGUGUAAAAGCAGGUGAGCUGGUUCUACUCUUCUUUUGCCAUUUUCUGGUGUUUUGUGAUGGGAAACUGAGCGGGUUGAGCAUAACACGUCAACCCUGUUACCCAUAGAUAGACAGGCUAGAAAUGUUUUAACAAUAAAAAAACAAAAAUAUGCUUGCAUUCAAUUGCCCCUUCCUGUUGAACACAAUAAGCUUCCAUUCCCCCUGUCACAAGGGGAUUUAUGGCUGAUUUAAGAUUACGUCAACCGUGUUACAGUCAACCCUGUUACUUUAUUUAACUGCUUGAGAUGGGAAAACAUGUUUUUUAUUAAGUUAAACAUGUGCUCUUUAUGACAGAAUCUUUGUGAAAUCAAAAUAUUUUUUUCGACCAAGUUACAGAAUUCUUUCCACCAAGUUACUGUAUAUGACAUUUGUUUGUGGGUUAAACUGUUGAAAAUAUUUUUGGUUACUUAUUGUAAUUUGCUACCCAAUGUCUUUCAGUCAGAGCCACUAAAUACCUUGUAGGUUAGUGGAACGAGGUGUAGCAUUUAGACCAAGUCAGGAUUUACAAUGUUAAAAGUUCAAAGGUUACUGAUCAGUUGUGCUUUUUACAGUACACUAUUUGACAUUCACGGGAUUAACACAUUACCUCCUACAUUGUACGUAUAGAGUCAAGUAGUAGGUGAAAAGCAUGUCCAGGGUGACAGCAUUACAUGGGGUUUCAGACAGGUGAAAAGGUCAGUUUAAAGCAGAGGAGAAGGUCAGGGAGACACGUGAACUGCCUGUGCGAUGAUCGACUGACCGUCUACACUUACACUGCAGCUGCCCCAGGAUUCCUCGUGGGAACAUAGCUACCUCCAACCCUCUGCCCCCUCUCCAGUCCCAACACCCACUCUCUCUCACUAUCUUGAAUAUGGUUCUCCACUUGCUAGCAUUAACUGUACACAAGCAGCUGGAGCUACUGGUGCUCUAAAUGAGCUGAUUGCCAUGGAAACUGGGAAUUGCACAUGACGAAUUGAAUCUUGCUCAUUCCCAAGAACAACAUACUGUACAGUAAAUGCUCUGAUAUGAUUUCAUGUAAAACCACACCUUCUGUACGUGAUAUUGUUGAAAAAUAACUGUUUACAUUCAUGAAUGCAUAAAAAAGGGGUUUAUUGGCUGUCUUAUACAGCUUCCUAAAUCACCGCCCAGGAUAUUGCAUUUAUGACCACUGCUCUGUCCCCUCCUCAGGUAACAGAGCUGAAUGAGGCCCUAUCUAACGAGGAGAGGAACCUCCUGUCUGUGGCCUAUAAGAAUGUGGUGGGGGCUCGCCGUUCCUCUUGGAGGGUGAUCUCUAGCAUCGAGCAGAAGACCUCUGCAGAUGGAAAUGAGAAAAAGAUUGAAAUGGUUCGGGCCUACAGGGAGAAGAUUGAGAAGGAGCUGGAGGCUGUGUGUCAGGACGUGCUCAACCUGCUGGAUAACUACCUGAUCAAGAACUGCAACGAGACGCAGCACGAGAGCAAGGUGUUUUACCUGAAGAUGAAGGGCGACUACUACCGCUACCUGGCCGAGGUGGCCACGGGCGAGAAGAGGGCCACCGUCAUCGAGUCAUCAGAGAAGGCUUACAACGAGGCCCAUGAGAUCAGCAAAGAGCACAUGCAGCCCACCCACCCCAUCCGCCUCGGCUUGGCUCUCAACUACUCUGUUUUUUACUACGAGAUCCAGAAUGCCCCUGAGCAGGCCUGUCAUCUGGCCAAGACCGCCUUCGAUGACGCUAUUGCUGAGCUCGACACCCUGAACGAGGACUCCUACAAAGACUCAACUCUCAUCAUGCAGCUGCUCCGAGACAACUUAACACUGUGGACAAGUGACCAGCAGGAUGACGAGGGAGGGGAGGGCAAUAAAGAUUAA